GGAAGGCGUACGGUCAGCACGAUACCCGUCUCUUAUACUAGGACCUUCGCCCCCCCCACUUCACUUUCCUCCGGGAACGACACUUGUACGACUUACACGACGACUCUGCGACGUUCGAUUUUGCUCAGGUUGUCCACAAACGUUGCUUCAUAAAACCGAGGCUGGCAUAUCUCUCCGAGAAUAGUGAUGAAGCAUGGUGCGAGGCAUACCGCACUCUAUCGAAGCCGCCGCUCUUCCGAACGCAGACCCGCACGUCGAUGCAGGUCACUCGAAGCGGAAACAGACUCUUUUGAGUUUGCUGGAUGCAUUGCAUGAAUUAACGAAGGAUGACGAUUUGGCGUCGCCUGUUUUGAACAAUGACCGACCUAACUUUGAGGACGACCGAGAUGUCCCCACCGUGGAUGAGCAUAUCCAGAAAGUGGGUGCGGAUGCCUUCAGCAAAUUCGAGAGGCGCAUGACCAACCUGGACCGUGAGCUACGCAACUUCGCCAACGCUGCCCGUCAACUAGGAAGCUCUGUCGGUAUCCUGUCGUCAUCCGUGCACUUGCGAGAGCGAUUGGCGCAGCUUCUCUGGCUCUUCCGCGAAAAUGCGGCCGACCUCUUCCCACGCAAAGUCAAACGACAGUCUCGCGAAUCCCUCGUGGAUACUGCCUUACAAGCUGCACUCAAGCGCAGACGCCAUAAGGCACCGUCGCACGCUGUAAAUCCGACCGUAGAGGACCUCGAUCCGGAGGACUUCCCGGAUCAGUUGCAGAGUCUGGCACACGAUGUGAUGACUUUCUUGGACUGUUUGAACGAGUUCCCGGAGUUCAACGAUGAGGCCGUCAAUGCGUCCAUCCAGUCCCUCGAGUGUGAUCUGAAGUACUGGGCGUCUUGCUUGAAAACAUAUGAAGGCCAAUUUAGGUAUCCAGCGGUACAGAGGUAUCUGCAUGAUCUGACCUCGGAGAUGGGCGAGCACUUAGACAACAUCACCGCUGCAUUGUCUGUCUUCAUUGAGAUCGGUGUGCCGACAAUCCGUUUUGCGCAGGAACAUGCAAGUCAGAAUCUGCUUAACCUGAGUACCGUCGCCACAUUCUUCAGCGCAGUCACCGCAACGACCAUGCAGUUUUCAUUCAAUAUGACUGAAGGAGCUCUCGCUAAGGCAGUGAACUGCUUCUGGUUUAUUUCGCUUGUGUUCAGUAUACAGGCAGCUGUUAACAGUCUUCUCGGGUUGACUUGGAAGCAAGCUAUGUAUCGUUCGCCUGGCCACCGUGUUCCCUGGUGGGUCCUCAUCUGGAUCAAGCGGUCACCAUUGGUCUUUCUUGUUGCAUCUGUCGCUUGCUUCUCCAUGGGUCUGGUGCUCUUCGGAUAUUCGUCUGGGCAGGAUCGCGUUACAACGACUCUCACGUCCGUCUUCUCGGCGCUCAGCUGCAUCGGCCUCGCCGCCGUGUCCACCUGGUUCAUCUCCGAGCGGAUGAUCUUCACGAAGCACAAGGGCCAAAAAUGGCUCGCGGACGUGCUCUCCGAAACGAGGAUACAGAUAUUCUCUACCCCGGGAAUCAAGUGGAUCAUCUACGAGCCCCGUGCUCUUGCCUGGCGGAUCGGCAGGCAUACCAGGGAAGCCAGUCAAUGGAUAACGCGCCACUGCCGCAUUGCGAGCGACAGCAUCUCGCGCAUGAGUGCGCGAACGUUGCGGCGCGUUGACACGAUGUCGUCGUCCAUGGAGAAGGACCAAGAAGACGGGACGGCGGAGACGUUGCCCUCUGCGCACAGCCCGGAACCGAUCUCGCCGCUGCGUAUGCGCCAGUCUAACUCCACCGGGCCCCUGCUCCCCAUCGCGGAAGUGCGAUCGUCGAAUUUCGGGUCCUCGGACAAUCUGGAAGCGGCUACGACGAUGAGCAACGCGAGCACUGCGGUGUUGAAUGCUCCGCCUCCCUCGGGGAAGGCGCGCUUCGUGAGCGCUGUACAUUCGGUCAUGAUGCUGCGCCAGGCGGCCUCGCCGAUGCCCUUCGGACUAAGCCUCCCGCCACGGACCCCGACGAGAGGACGAACGGGCUCGACUGACGGCCCGAUGGUGCGGAGUAUGUCCGCAGAGCCGAAUGGCAUGAUGCGGGCGUCGCGGGUCGCUGCACUGGUGCCGAAGCUGAAGGCGCUGGAGACUACGCAGGACUUCGCUGCGCACCAAGCACUCGUACGACAUCUGCAGUUUUCGCCGAAUGGAAAGUUUUUGGCGACAUCGAGCUGGGACAGGACUUCCGUGAUCUUCAAAGUUGGCGACCCUUUCGCGGCGCACCGUAUUCUUGCUCAGCCUCAAGGAUUCGUUGGCCAGGUCGCUUGGUCUCCUAAUGGUACUAUAUUACUCACAAAGCUGAACCGCGGCGUGAAGGUGUGGAAUGAGGAUGGUGUAUGCAAGAAGACCAUUGAUCGUCGGAAGAACGUCCAGUCAAUAGCUUGGCUACCUGGUGGCGAAGGUUUCCUAUCGGUGGAAGGCAGUGAUGUUGUCAAGCUGGAUCUCAAUGGUCAAGUACUAGACACGUAUCACUUCGACCGUAUGGUGCUGCACGACGUGGCAGUUACUCAAGACUGCCAGCGUAUGUUAUGCGUAGGGACCCUCAUGGCAUCGCGCGAUGGAUUGCAUCCCAGUAAGUCUCGGGCGGAAAAACAGAUUAUAGCCUUCAACCUGGAUAAAAAGGACAUCGAGAAUCGAGUACCUGUUCUGCAUGAUGUACGUGAUAUCACUCUGGCUCGUGACGACCAAGUUGCCCUUGUCAGCUACGAAAACAAGGCACCCCCACAACUCUGGAAACUGGACUUGGUCAAAGACACUGCUCGGUUAUCUCUGCGACACACGUACAUGCCCAAGGUAACUGUCGACUUCGCCGGGCCUAGUUACUUCGGUGGCAAGAAUGACCAGCUGGUGCUUUGUGCUGGAAAAGCGGGAGAUAUACACAUCUGGGAUCGUGAAUCGGCGGCCUUACUCCAUCACGUCCGUGCACAAGCCUUGGGAGGCGACUUGACCUGCAUAGCCUGGAACGCCGCUGUGGAGCCCUUCAUGUUCGCCACGGGAAGCCACGACGGAGGCGUGCGCAUCUGGACCACUCCGCCGAAUUACCCCACCAUCAGCGUCACGGAAAGCACCCCUGGAAGCUACGCGAACUCUACCAAUGGGAACACCCCACGGACUGGCACGCCCUCGCUUUAUGACAUCGAGCAGCAGACGGGCAGCCCUGACGCCGAGCAACCAAGUUUCAUACCGGAACAGUUCUUACAGGCCGCCGUUCAAAAUGGAGCUACGAGCACAAGAUUGGGGGAACGAAAAGCAGUGACGUUUGAAUGACCACGACGAACCCACGCUGCAUCUACACGACUCGAAUCAUAGAGCUGCAAUGCAUCCUUGUACUUAUACAUAUGUAUUAUAUCACGCCCUCCACGCAUUUUACUACUCACGCUCCAUGUUCGCAUGCACUUGCUGUCCCAGGUUGCUUUCUUCUCUCACCACGCACCAGCGGCUUUGAUAUUCAAAUUCGUCAAAUUCGUUAUGACAUCCAAUCGGAGAUCGAUCUGACUUGACCCGAUUUUGACUUG